AUCAGUUAUUUAUGGUAUGAAUGAAUCAUUACAAUGCAAAUACGAUUAAUGAAGUAACAAGAAGGCAGUUGCAGUAUGAAAACCCAGGAAUAUUACUGAACUAGACACCAUUGCUCAUGAGGAAUGGGCCAAGAUUCCUCAGGAACGCUGCCAGGAGCUGGUGUCUGGCUAUGCAUUUCGUUUGCAGCAGGUCAUAACAGCAAAAGGAUGCUCUACUAAGUACUAAAGAUGCUUGCUAUGAAGGGGUUGGAUAAUUUUGAGACUGGAGAAGUCAAAGGUUGCAUUUUCAGCUGAACUUGACAAUAAACCUGAUUUGCAGUGGGUGUUAAAUAAUUUUGAUUGUAACUGUAAAUAAUUACCAGUAUAAAGUCCAGUAAUAGGACUGGAUUACCAUUUUGUUUCACUUCAUGAUUUAUGUAAAUUGUUGAAAAUAUCUGUGAUGUGAAUGGCAUUUCAGAAGCUAGGAACCAGGCUUGGAAAGACUGGUAAGAAUGAUAAAUUCUAUAUGGGAAUAUAUGUUUGUGUGUGUUUCUAAUGAGGCAGAAAGUGCACACCUGCCCUGCCAAUUACCCAGGAUAAUAUAGCAAAAAUGUAAAUAGGUAUAUACUUAUUUGGUUAAAGUGAUGCCCUCUCACUUCAAAGUCUCGAAACAUUCAUUUCUGUCACUUUGAAGUUUAAAACCAUUUGGACUCUGUCCUUUAAAUAAUCUUUUCAUCUUUAAGGAUCUUUGUUCUCCCCAUGAGAAAGAACCAUGUAAACUACAUCAAGAACAAGAGUAAUGAGGAAGCCCAGAUAUUUUUUGUUCUGUUGAUCUCAGUGCCAAGUCACAAUGUUUGGCCUUUGAACAAUGUGCUUUCCGUGGUAUGAAAUCCAAACCAAGACAUACAAACUACACAAUAUCAUUGUCUGUGAGUAAUGCACUGAAACCCAAUGGUACCUACCUUUAACCUCUGGCCUCUUGUACAUACAAUGUAAAAAGUAUUCAAAAAAUGGUUGUUUAAGGAUGUUGCUUUUUUCAUGUGUUAAACUUUCACAUGUAAUAACCACUGAAGUCAGAUAACUGCAGCAUCUGGCCAACAUGCUCAACCAGAGGUCACAGCUGUAUAGGGUGACCUGGUUUUACAGGUUCAGUGGUUAUUUAGUCUUCAAGAGCAACCAUUUACGCUGUUCCACCAUGUCUACCAGUAGUCAUAGUUUUCAGUCACGUGACAUGCGCGGUGACCUGCGGUGUAGUGAUUCUAAAGAUGCACAAAGCUUUGAAGAGCAAAAACACACAGUCUUGGUUGUUGUAGCCAAAUGGCUUUAGCUAGCUUUCUCGCAGGUGGUUAGCCUGCUGGGUGGCUGGGGAAACAUGUGAUUGGCUGAAAGGGCGGGCACUGGUGACUUCAUUGUCAUCAAAAGUAACAUUAUGAAAUAAAAGUGUCACUGUGAAAAUAUAACUUCCAAAAAUAUAUAAAUAAUAUAAUCAAGUUGUCCACGUAUUUUACACAACGUAUUCAUAUUAGAAUGUAUUUAAUAAUGUAUUUUAUAUUUUAACACUUAGGGGCUCCAUACUAGAGCUGUUCACCACAUUGAACAGCCCUGUAGGUUUAGGGGGUUUCUGGGGUAAUUCAGAAAGUAGUCUUUAACAGGUGUGCCCACGACCAUUGUGGUAAAGUAAAAUAUUUCAUGCUGAGCAGCUCAAAAAAACAUGCAGUCCGGGCUCGGCAUAAAAGGAGGCUUUUUAUUUGUCGGAUUUGCUUCAGUGAAGUCUCAUCCUUUCUUUAUCGUUCUCCUUCAUUCCUCCUCCAUGAUGACCGCUGACUGCAGCUCCAACGCCUCUUCCUCCCUCUUCUGUAACUCCUCCAUCAAUAAUUGCUCCACGCCAGGAAUGCCACUGACCUCAAGCCUCAAUCCCUGGUACAUUGUUGCUGGUGUGAUUAUUGCAGUCAGUUGCCUGUUUGGCAUUCCUGCUAACAUCUGCGUGAUCGUAAAACUCAGUAGGCAUCUGCACGGGUCCUCCAUGCCGCAGCGCCUUUUCUUCAACCUGGCAGUGUCAGACCUCCUCUGCCUGCUCUGCUUGCCUGUUGGUGUGGUCAUUUUCUUCAAUGGACCACAUUUGACACAUGAAGUCUGUCAACUUCUGUUUUAUUUCUUCUUUUUCUGCAUCACCUCCGACUUGAACAUUCUGGUGCUUAUAAGUAUUCAGAGGUACUACCAGGUUCUUCAUACCAAAAAGUGGGAGAGCCUGGCCAGAACAUGGCAGCGGUUAUUUCUGUCCAGUGUGUGGAUGCUUGGAGCCCUUGAGGCUCUUCCAGUUGUUUUUUCACUAAAAGAGGUGAACACCAAAAGUGAGCGGACUGAAGGUCCUACCUGCAGGAAUCAGAGGAUCAAACCGGUGCUAGAAGUGGUCUACAUCUUAUUUAUAGUUUUCAGCCAUCUAGUCUUGUUGUCUUUCUACCUGCUACUUGUUAGAGGGGUCAAACGAAAUCAAAUGCCUGGAAAGAAACAGCCUAGAGUUAAUAAACUUUUCAUUCGAAUAAUCGCUGCCUCCCUGGUUGUUGGCUUUUUCCCUCUGAUUCUUCGUGUGGUGUAUGUGGCUGCCCUUUUCACAGAUUCCGAGAAACUGCUUAUUGUUAGUCAAAAGCUGACGUUUGUGGAAUGUUUUUACUUUUUUAAUCACUGUCUAAAUCCAUUCCUGUAUUUCUUUGCCUCUCGGCAUCACACAGGAGAAAGCAACAGUAAGAGAAAAUUUCACCUCAUGUCUUUAAAUGACACCAUCUAAUAUGGUCCCUGCAUUACGCAUGCUUUCAUAUGUUAAACUUCUUCAA